AUGUGCGCGGCGCAACCAUCUCUCAGCAACACGUCUCAGGAGGACCUGCUUCGCAUUGCACUACCGGAUGACGGAAAAAAGAAGCUGACCCAGUGGAACAGUCACCCUCCAAAGCUACCCAUCUUCGACGUGCACCCCUAUUGCUGUCGCGCAGCCGAUUCCUCGUUCACCAUGAUUUCCGACAACGAUCUCUACCGCCUUGCGAUCUUCCUUGGCUCCGCAGCCAUGGUGUUGAUCAUCCUCUACCACUUCGUUGAGGUCAACUCCAAGGAAAACGACAAGACCCAAGAGAAGCCCGCCAAGGUCAAGGGCUCUUCAUAA